CGUGUCCCGCGCGGGUCGCCGUAGCAGGAAGAUGGCGGCGCUUGCGGGCAGGGACAGCGAGGAGGAGGAUCUGGUGAGCUACGGCACUGCGCUGCGGCCCCUGGCUGAGGGCGAACAUAUUAAGAAGCCAGUUCCUCUUCAAGAGCAGACUGUUAGAGAUGAAAAGGGACGAUACAAACGUUUUCAUGGAGCUUUUACUGGUGGCUUCUCUGCUGGCUACUUCAACACUGUUGGUUCAAAAGAAGGAUGGGCACCUUCAACUUUUUUAUCCUCACGUCAGAAGAGAGCAGACAAAACAGUCUUUGGACCAGAAGAUUUUAUGGAUGAAGAAGAUCUUAGUGAAUUUGGGAUAGCACCUAAAGAAAUUACGACAACGGAUGACUUUGCUUCCAAAACCAAAGACAGAAUAAAAGAAAAAGCUAGACAGAUUGCAGGGGUAGCUGAACCCAUCCCAGGAGCAAGUGUGCUGGAUGAUUUAAUAGCACCUGCAAGAAUAACAAUUGGUGUUGAAUUGUUGCGAAAAAUGGGAUGGAAAGAAGGACAAGGAGUUGGACCUCGAGUCAAGAGAAAGCCAAACAGGCAACAACUUGAUCCUACAGUAAAAAUAUAUGGCUGUGCAUUACCACCUGAAGCGUCUGGAUCUGAGGGUGAAGAGGAUGACUAUCAGCCAGAGAAUGUGACAUUUGCACCCAGAGAUGUAAUGCCUGUUCAGUUGACUUUGAAAGAGAAUGUCCAUGGACUUGGUUACAAGGGUCUGGACCCCACCAUGGCCUUAUUUGGGGUUUCAGGAGAACACAUUAAUCUUCUUGAUGAUGACUUUGAGAAGUCAAAUAAUUUGCUUGGUGAUGUGAGGAAUCGUAAAGGAAGAAAACUGGGUAUCUCAGGGCAGGCUUUUGGCGUAGGAGCUUUAGAAGAUGAUGAUGAUGAUAUCUAUGCUACUGAAAAAUUGUCCAAAUAUGAUACUGUUCUAAAAGACGAGGAGCCUGGAGAUGGACUGUAUGGCUGGACUGCACCAAACCAAUAUAAAAACAAGAAAAGAUUAGAAGCUGAAGUAAAAUAUAUUGGCAAAAUUCUGGAUGGCUUUUCUUUAGCAUCUAAGUCGGCAGCUCCAAGCAAGACUUAUCCACCACCUGACCUGCCAAGGGGUUACAGACCAGUCCAUUACUUUCGACCUGUGAUAACAGCUAGCAGUGAAAACUCCCCUUUACUGAAGGCAUUAGUGGAAUCUACUGGAAAGCUUGAGAGUGAUACAGCACAGCAAAGCAGGCAUACGCUGAAUGCAUCUCAGAGGAGGGACUUGUUAGGAGAGACUGCUCUAAAAGGUCCAGCUCCUUCUGUUUUAGAGUAUUUGUCAGAGAAAGACAGAGAGAGAAUCAAAGAAGCGAAACAAGCAUCUGAACAACAACUGAAAACAAAACCAUUGCCUCAGCAAUCUGUACAUAGUAGAUUUCAGUCAACCUGCCGAGAAAGUGCUCAUCAGAAAUGGCAAAUGGCAUUGGGGGAGCAGUUAGCAACUGCUGGCUCUAGUGACUUCAAACCAUUUGCAAAAAAUCCAGAAAAACAAAAACGUUAUGAAAACUAUGUAGAGAGCCUUAAAAAAGGACAAAAAGGAGAUUCUCUGGUGAGUUGUUUAGACCCAAGUAUGACAGAAUGGGAGCAAGGAAGGGAGCAGGAGGAAUUCUUUCGUGCAGCAAUGUUCUACAAAUCCUCCAGCUCAACCCUGUCAUCUAGGUUUACCCGAGCCAAGUAUGAAGAUGACGCUGAAAAAGUAGAAGUUCCUCGAGACCAAGAGAAUGAUAUUGAUGACAAAGAAUCUGCUGUGAAAAUGAAGAUGUUUGGCAAGCUCACAAGAGAUAAGUUUGAGUGGCAUCCUCAGAAGCUGCUGUGUAAAAGAUUUAAUGUUCCUGAUCCCUAUUCUGAUUCAUCUAUUGUUGGGUUACCCAAAGUGAAGCGUGACAAGUAUUCUAUAUUCAAUUUCUUAACUCUACCAGAGACCACUACAACAACUCUAACUCAAACAACAAAUGAAAAUAAGCAACAGACUACCAAUCCUAACAAGCCAAAGAAACCAUCAAGAUGGGAUGUAUCUGACAAAGAGAAAAAGAAAAAAGAUUCCAUCAGUGAGUUUAUUAGUCUUGCUAGAUCAAAAGUUGAUGUUCAGCAGCAACUACAAGAACCAGCAACAGAGAAAAACAAAAGCAGAACAAAUGAAGCUCUUUCUAAUAAGGUAGUUAAUGAAAGUGUGGAUCAGAAAGAAGAAGAAAGCAGACCAUCCAUGGAUUUAUUUAAAGCUGUCUUUGCCAGUUCCUCAGAUGAAAAAUCAUCCUCUUCUGAGGAAGAAAGUGAUGAUGAAGAAGAGCAUCAGGCAGCUGCUGCAGGGCCAGACUCAGAAAGUACUAAGUUUGCUGAUCCACCAGAUAACUCGUCUGCUGUACAAGACCAUGCAGUGGUUACAUCUGAGCCAGACCUUCCUAUGCCAUCUGCUUUAAAGAAGAAGCUAGAUGAAAGGGAAUUUGGCCCGAGAUUGCCUCCGGUUUUCUCUUCUGGUACAGUACAACAGCAUGAACCAGUACAGCUAACAAGUUUUUCUGAAGUGAAUCAAAAAGAAAAACAUAAAAAGAACAAAGAAAAACACAAGACCAAGAGAGAGCACAAGCACAAAAAGGAGAAGAAAAAAAAACAUAAGAAGCACAGACACAAAGGAAAACACAAAAAUAAAAAAUCGGAGAAAAACAGUAGCUCUGACACUGCUGAAAGCAGUGACAGCCUUAGUGGUGCAGAAAUGAACACGGAUUUAUCACCCCACGAACUUCUAAGGAGGCUGAAAGACCUGCCAAUAAUGAAGAGGUAGUUUGCUGAAGUUGCUGUAUGACUUGAUCUCCUCCGUGAUGGUGGAUCAAAUAUGUAUAUGUAGUGUAUAGUUUGAUGCACUGUAAAUAUUGUAUUUAUGUUAAAUUGGUUUGAAAGCAUAAAUUUAUACCUGUUUUUGUGAUGCUUUACAGUUUUAAUCCAUAUAAAUUAUGGAAUGCUGGAAAGACCCUUAGAUUUUUUUGUGACUGCAUUAUCAACAGGAAUAAUGAAGUGUCUACAUUUUAAUUAAAUAGGACUUAAGAUAUUUUAAUAAACUGUGCAUUACAAGUGGUG